GUGAUCUUCACCUUACCCCGUCUCGGUCGGAUUCUUCACCACCUUUUUCUUUGUGUUUUGUGUUUCUGUCAAGUUAUUGUGUUCUCAGCUCUGGUAGCUGGGUAAUCAUUCGUUCUGCUAAUUCUCUGAUAUCGUUGAACCGUUGAUCGGUGUCAACUGCAAUCGAGAUACCCUAGCUGCUUCGUUGGAUAUACGUUGUCUAAGUCGACUACUGCUGCAUCAUACCCUGCAUCCCAUAUCGUAAUCGAAGGAAGGAUAAGACUAGCAUUGGGCACAUUUGGGCAUCAUGACGGACGUAUACCGUCCCGCAACGGGCAGAUGCCCACCUCUGCGACAGGUGCGAGGAACGAGGCUUGAUACGAUAGUAGAGGACGCGCGCGAGGCGCAUUAUACAGACUCUACAAAGCCUGUUGCAUCCAGUGCCAAGCAGACAACACCAAAGGCACCACAACCUCCACAGCCACCACAGCUGAAGCUCAAGACCAGCGGGCUUUCAUCAGUGUCUCGACUGCCUCGAUUCUUCUCGCCAAUAUCCGCAGGCUCCGUCUCCUCUUGUUCAGACACUGAAUGGCAGCGUCAGAUGCAGCCGUUUGAAGACCUGUACGAUGCAACGGAUGACGAUUCGGACAUCAGUGAUGAGUGCACUUCCUUCGCUAGCACCCGACCAACAAGCUUGGUGACACCCACGACGCGUACUUCGGUUUUUUCUCCGGUCUCCCGCAGCCGGUACCCUAGUCUCACGAUACCGUCGUCCACAAUGUGGCCAUCACUGCAUGGUGCUGCAAAGAGCUCUCCGAUUCCGCCAACUCCGCCGCCAAAGAUUCCUGUCUCCCCAGCCGCCCUGUCAAUGCUCGCCCAUUCGGUGCCGGCCGUGCAUGCCCCGCCGUCCUUGGACGGAAGUGUCUCCUCUGACCAGGUGUCAAACAUCAGUGCUCCAGCAACUCCAGACCUGCAAUCCCUUCCAGACAAUGACUGGACUGCGCAAGACGUGCAUGUUCGUCACGAACUAGAAGAUUCACAGGAUGAAGAUCUUGAGGCCGAGCCGGAUACCCAAAGCAUUCAGAUCGCUAUUGAGAGCGCCAACGAGGACUGGCGUCAGGUCUUGGGCAGGUUUCCACGGAUCCCGGGCGGCCAGUCGACCGCGUCGUCAAUUGACCUGGAUGCGGAGCCAAUAAGGGGAGAUACACCAUCUGACCGGGGCGUAUCUCUUCCUGCAGAUGCCUUAGAGACACUGAGGCACAUCUCCCUCGAUGGAACUCCAGAUCCCUGGUCGGAAACUUCUGAGUCCAACGAAGAGAUGUGGCAGAUCCGUAUGCCUCCAGAACGCCCGCGCAGUGCCGAUGAUGCCACUCCGGCGUCGGAACUCUCAGGGUAUAGUUUCAGCAGGCUGAGCAUACCCUCACCUGGUGGCUUCUUUGCUUCACUGGGUCCACGAGCACGUCACACGUGGUCUAUCCCCUGUGGAAAUAAACCUCCGACUUCUGCCACUGCCGAGGGCUUUUACAAGCUACCAUUCUCCCGGACCGAAGGGGAGGUAGUUGAGCAUGUCAUAGAGUACCCCGAACGGACGACAGAAGAACAGCUGACAGCCGUGUAUGAUCCCAUCGGACCACCCACCGCUAUCAGAAUUCCCGAGGAGAAGACGCCCAAAUUAUUCGAUCAAUUCGAUGAUCAAGCAUGCUCUGAGGAUGAUGCUAUGGACGAUGCUCUUCCGCCCAUCGGCCCGGACGAUCAGUACGAACGAGACGAGGACUAUGAGAGCGAACUAAAGCAAAAGGCAAUGUCGGGUUUGGACCGGACCAGCGAUUGGCUGGCAGCCCAGGCUUCUUACCUUUCAGCUCUUAACGAGACCAAUCCCGUGAACAUGUUGGAUGAAGAGGCUUACAACGAGGAAGUUGGGCCCAAGACCGACCGGCAAUCACUCAAUCAGUUAAGCCGGAAGCAGUCGGUUCGUUUUGCCAAAGCUCUUCCAGAAGCACCCAGCUCUCGCCCCUCUUUACUAGCGAGUAGAGACUCCAUAUACUGGCGCGGAUUCAAGGCGGUCCAGCAACAGUCCGGCAGUCGGGACACCUUUGUGCAUCGGAACACGAGAUUUGAUGCUGUUCAAUCUGUCCGACUGGGCUUAACAGAUGCGCACAUCAAGCGUUUGCGUGGAAACUAUGAGAUCGCUCGUCCGGAACGUCCAGCUUAUAAAGGGCCCUUCUCAUUGGCGCCUCGCAACUCAACAAUGGACUCGGCUCUGGCAGAAAAGGCCCAGUUCUCCAUAGUUGAGAAGGAGCAGACUGUGUUGUCUCAAAUUCGUCAACCGAUGUGGGCCAUGGAUGCUCUGAGAUAUAUCAACGGGGGUCGCCUCAUUGUGAGUCCUGCUCUGAAGCAGCUGUCCAGCACGCGUAAACGAACUCCCCGUCAACUACGGAUCCUCGACCUCGGCGGACACGCCUCAUGCGAAUGGGCUUGGCAGCUGGCUCACGAGUAUCCUCAUGUUAAAGUAUAUACCGUCUUUACUGAGCAUCAGGAAGUCAACCCAGGCAUCAAAGGACCUCCCAAUCACCGGCACCUUCCUGUAUCCCAACUGUGGAAACUGCCGUUCGCCGACAAUAAGUUCGAUGUGAUCUCAGCCCGCUCUCUUCCUGCUUUGUUGAAGAAAGAAUGCCCGUCUGGGGAGACUCAGGACCAGUAUGACCUUUGCCUGAAAGAAUGUCGACGCUGCCUCAAGCCAGGUGGUUACUUGGAGUUCUUUGUCAUGGAUGCAGAAAUCACACGUGCUGGCCCGCAAGCAUCUGCCAGGUCAGCUGAAUUUGCGUCCGGUCUCAGGGCUCUGGGUUACGACCCGACACCAACCAAAGGCUUUCUCAGUCGCUUGCAGAAGAACUUUGCGGAUGUGAAGCGAGCCUGGAUGUUCCUACCUAUGGGUACUGAGCCGGUCAAGUCUGAACCGCCCAGGGAGACCCCCGAUCCGAGGGUGAAGAGUCUCAUUGAAGAAUGUGAAGCGGUGCAAGGCCCAGUCGGGAGCACGGCAGAUAUCGCCAGUGUUACGGGUGUGCUAGGUGGCUGGAUCUGGGAACAAUGGCUUGUAAAACUGCAAACAGAACUGGGAAUGGACCAACAAGACCUGCUGGCAGGUAUUGGGAGUGUGUUUGAUGAGGGACGCAAGAACGGUGCAGGCUGGACCUGCUUGUCGGGGUGGGCAGUGAAACCGAGGCCGAAGAAGAAGAAGCGUCACGGACGGAAAUCUAGCAAAGGCUGAGCCGCGCUUCUCCGUCCAUUCUCUUUCCACUCGACGCUGAGGUUUCAUUCAGGCUGCCCAAGGUACACUAUGAACCCCAAGCUGCCCUGGUGGCGCAUCUAAUGUAAUAGCGGGAGUUGUGUCUUUCUUAUCGCUCUUUUCAAAUACCCCUUUGUUUAUGCGGAAUGAGAGAUGAUGAAUGCAGAUUGAUGGCUGGUGGACACUAGGGUGGAUAGCUGUUGACAAUGACACUCACUUGAUACCCAGCAG